AUACAAACACUCAGAGGACCCUGACCUUACUCUGAUUCGGCUAGUGGACUCCAGAGUAUUGCUCUGUGGUUUUGGCACUCUGACCAGCAGCCGCCAUGAAGCUCCAGCUGCUACUGCUGCUUCUUGUCUUCCUCUGUACCUUCAUCAUACCUGCACAGUUGUCAAAACAUGACCAACAUCCAAAGCAUGACAGAAAGGAUCACAAGGAGAAACCAGGAGAGAGACAUGGCAAUAAACAUGGAAGGCGACGGGGAAGAGUAGAGGACCUGCUGGCUGACUACGAUGACGAAGGCAGUGAUGAUGAUGAUGAAGAAAGGGGCGAAUGGCUGUUUCAGCUUCAAGAUGUCAGAGGGAGUUGCAACCCAAAUCCAUGCCUCAACAGCGGAGUGUGUGAGGACAAGAAAGGCGGAUUCAGGUGCAAGUGCCCCAAACCUUUCAGAGGCAGGUUAUGUGAGAAAGGUAGAAGGCCCUGCAAGAAGGACACCUGUGGAUAUGGUCAGUGUGUUCUUACGUCGAGUCCUCCUUACUUCGAGUGCAAGUGUAAAGCACCUUUCGAACCCCCCAACUGCAAAAAAAUUGCACCAUGUAAAUGGAACCCAUGUCUAAAUGGAGGUACCUGUGUGAAAGAUGGUCAAGACUUUGACUGUCUCUGCACAGCAGGAUUUUCUGGAAAAUUCUGUCAGGUCGGCCCAAAUGACUGCUAUGAGGGAAAUGGUGAGUCCUACAGAGGGACGGUAUCAGAGACAGAGGAAGGAGAUGAUUGUCUGUACUGGAAUUCUCACUUCCUUCUGGGUAAAGGAACAAACCCCUUCAAUACAUUCAAUGACCCUCAGGGUCUGGGUCCUCACAACUACUGCAGAAAUCCAGAUGGUGAAUCAAAGCCAUGGUGCUUCACGCGAUCGGGAAGGAUGAUAAAAUGGGAUCACUGCAAUGUGAGGAAAUGUCCCACUGAUGCCACCCACACUGACCCUCUGGAACCGAAGCCCACUACAGCACAUCCUGCUCCCAUUCACCCAACGAUAAGACCCGUCCCAGAAAGUCACAUUCCUGGAAACCCUACACCAGAAAGUGACACUGCUGGAAGACCCACACCAGGAAAUAAUGCUACGGAAAGCCCUACACUAAUACAUGACAGUACUGGAACACCUUUUCCAGUUAGCGAGUCCUCAGGAAGUGCCACAUCCGGAGGGCACACCUCAGAAAUCCUUACCCCAGGAGUCCCAGCCAUACCCACCAUCCUGCCAGUGGAGAGACAGUUUGCAACCUGUGGCAAACCCCAACCAAAAAGGCAAAUAAAUCGUAUUUAUGGGGGUAUGAAGGCACUUCCUGGUGGCCAGCCAUGGCAGGCUUCUGUUCAGGUCAGAUCCAAAGGUACAAUCCUGCCCUUCAAACAUGUAUGUGGAGGCACCCUCAUUAAGCCAUGCUGGGUAAUGACUGCCGGACACUGUAUUGAUGAUAAAAAAGAUUUCCAAGUGGUUUUGGGAAGUAUUAAUUUGGCAAAGACUGAGCCAACACAGCAAACACUGGAGGUUGUAGAGACCAUUAUCCAUGAGCAAUACAGAGAGACACUCGACUCGGUCCACAAUGACAUUGCUCUGCUUAGGCUAAAAGAGAAAAAUGGGAAGUGUGCAGAGGAGAGCCAGUUUGUAAAGACGGCCUGCUUGCCCACUGCAGAUUUUCCUGAUGGAGCCGAGUGCAGCAUCUCUGGAUGGGGAGCCACUCCUGAAUCACAAUAUGGCUCCAGUCAGUUACUGGAUGCUGAUGUGUUGCUGAUUUCCCAGGAAACUUGCUCCAGUGAUAGAGUAUAUGGGAAAGUCAUAGAUAACAGCAUGUUGUGCGCUGGUUACCUGGAGGGUGGAGUGGACGCGUGUCAGGGUGACUCCGGAGGGCCUUUGACCUGCGUGGAAAAUCAGAAACACUUUAUCUAUGGCAUCGUUAGCUGGGGAGACAACUGUGGAUUGAAGAACAAGCCCGGGGUAUAUACAAGGGUCACACAGUUUGUGAACUGGAUCAACAGGACAACAGCUAGGGCGGGUGUGUAAAUUCUCUUACUGUUAGAAUAGUGCUGAAACAGACAAAACUGUGGGGUUUCGAAUACGAAAUAAUCAAUCGGAGUUGCCGAGAUUACUGCAAAACCAAGUUGUUAUGCCAUAACAAAUUCAGCAUUUAUAGAAUUUGUUCAUUCAGAUUGAGAAACUGAGUAUUCCUUCCAGAAAAUGUUCACCAGAGACAAAAACAUAUCUUCAAAUAAACAUGCUUUUGAACCAAA